GUCGCCAAACAGACGCAACGCAGCACAGCCGCAAAACACCGACUCCACGCCGUCAUGCCGCUCGGAUGGCUGCCUGACAUACAGACAAGAAAUAGAACAACAAGUGGCUGUUGGCAUUCUUGGCUUGAGUGACUCAGUCAGAUGCGCACACAGACCUACCUGUUGUGUGUGUGGUUGUGCGAUGCGCAUGGUGGGUGCCAGCUGCGGGUGGUUGGUCAUGGCCCGGGUGAGCUCAGGCAGGUUGAAUGAGUGCAGACUCAGCGUUGCAAUGAACGAGCGCAGACUCAGCGUUGCAAAGUCGUUCAACUCCACGCUGUAACCGCACAGCACCAACUGAACACACACACACACACACACACACGUGUGUGCCCGUGCAUAGAUCUUGGAAUCGCUACGCUCCACAUCUCUCCCUCUUCCUUUCUGCAUACCUGCCCCAUUUUGAAGAGCAGCGCCACUCUGUCAGCAUCGCCGCUUCCAUCCCCGCCAGCCAAGAAAAACGUGAUUGUGACACUCAGCAU